UUCAAAAAAAUGACUCAGAUAUCACACAUGGGAAAUAGACUGCCAAUUCUUGAAUAUCAUCGGUUCUUAUCAAGGGCUGGUGCAGGUCUGAUUGAGCUGCCGUUAAAAGAGGAAUGGGAAGAAGCCAAGAUGAAUUUUUUUAUGGACAAUGAGCUAAGCAGCCUACCAGAGAGACCAAAUUGACCCCAGACUUUUGGCAUUGUUCCUCCAAAGAAAUCAUAAUCUAAGAGUGAUACCUACCUCCUUCUUUUACUUAAUGCCUUCUCUUACAAUUUUGAACCUAUCUAAAACCAGGAUCAAAUUCUUGCCAAAUACAAUUUGUAAGCUUACAAUACUUGAAGUGCUUAUGUUAAGAGAUUGUGAACGUCUGGUUCAGCUACCAUCUGAGGUUGGAUCUUUGAGACGACUUGUGGUUCUUGAUCUCCAAGGAACUAAGCUUAACAAAUUAUCAAAUGAGAUUUCUAAACUGGCUUCUCUAAGGCACUUGAAGGUAUCAUUUUAUGGCUCUGUCAACCGUAGUGAAUAUGAUAAUCUGCCUCCUGAAUUGCUUUCACAUGCUGUAAUAAGGAAUCUCAGUGAAUUGGAAACACUAAGUAUUGAUGUGUACCCAGGAGAUAUGAGGUGGAAUGAGAACGUGAAAUCUGUCUUAGAUGAGGUGAGCAACUCGACAAAUUUGACUACUUUUUGUUGCUAUUUCCCAAAAGUAGAGUUUCUUGAACUCUCUCUCCAGACGAGCGUGACGUGGAAAAUUGGGGGUUUAACUGAAUUCAAAUGUGUAGUUGGCCAUGAUGUGAAACGCUUUGCAUCUGAAAAUGUGGACAAUCUGGAAUUAGAUUAUGUUCAAUGGGGUCGAUGCUUGAGGUUUGUGAAUGGUGAGAUGAUACCAAAUGCAGUGCUAGAAGUAUUAACUCGCACUUCUGCGUUCUGUCUAGAUCAUCAUAUCAAUGUUCUCAGCCUUUCAGAGUUUGGACUAGGUAAUUUCAAUGGACUGAGAUUAUGUGUAGUGAGGGAAUGUCCAGAGAUUCAAGAAAUUGUUGCUGACGCGGAACUUUCUGAUGCUGUGUUUCCGAUUAUGGAGCACCUAACCAUUAAUUCUCUGCCAGACUUGAGGAAGAUUUGUAAAGAAAUGAUACCACAGGGAAGCUUCGCUAAGUUAAGAGUAUUAACAGUGUAUACAUGCCCCAAUUUGGAAUUUGCUUUUGCAAGCUCCAUGGUCCAGUGUUUCUCUAACUUAGAGGAAUUGAUAGUUGAAGAUUGUUCAGCUAUUAAGAAGACAGUUGAUUCUGAUAGUGGUACACUCCCUAGCUUGAAAAGAUUAAAGCUUCACUCUCUACCCAACUUGGUUAACAUCAUGAAAGGUGCAUGGCCCCCAUUAGAAAACAUAAGCUUCUAUGAUUGCCCUAUGUUGAAGAAGCUUGGCAUCGACUCCAAUUUAAUUCGAACCAUAAAAGAGAUUAAGGCGGAGAAAGAUUGGUGGCAAGAAUUAGAAUGGCAAGAUAGCUCAUUAUAUUCACGUCUUCAAGCUCGUUUCACUGUGAUUAGUAACAAGGAUUUGUAAUACAAGAAUUUACAAGCAUUAAGGUUGACUUAUCCCUUUUUGGCACUAUCAGGCUACCAGUUGUUCAGCUUCCUUAAUCAGGAGCAAGAGAAGGCCGUAGCAGGAUCAAACAAGAAUAAGAAAUUUAUGAAUUUCUGUUGAGAGAAUGUGGACAACCCAGCAAAUCACAAAUUCUGGCGACAGUUCCUAUUGAA